ACUUUUUGAGUAAGUCAGCAGAAUCAUGUUCUUUCACAGUUUCUUUCUUACCUUAAUGCUUUUGAACUGCAGCCUGCUGAUAUCUGCAGAUGAAUGCAACAUGCCUGCUACAACAGUAAUUAGGUGUGGCGGGUCUGAACUGAAGCUGGGCUGUCCUGAAAAAUAUAACAUUAAGAUAACUGAUGCAAAGUAUGGACGAACUAAUAAAAGGGUCUGCAGCGUUUGUGACAAAUGUUCGGUCCAAAACAUCAACUGCCAUUUACCCCAAACACUGGCCAUAGUGUCUGAAAGAUGUAAUGAGAAGAGGAGAUGCUCCAUACGAGUGGACUACAGCACGUUCCCUGAUCCAUGUCCUGACACGUACAAGUACCUGGUAGUCAAAUUUUGCUGCAUCCAAAGCUCAGAGGACCCAUUGAUUUGAAUUCCUAAGCUUAAUUUUUGUCAGCAUCUCCUCCACAUUGGCUGCACUAAAAACAAGUCUUUAAGACUGUACUUGCAAAGAUUACUCAUGGGCCUUGUGUGUGUGUGUGUGUGU